CAUUGAUAAUACUUCGGCGCGUGACGACACAAUGAGAUUGCAGGAGAGUAUAAAAGAUCGGAGGCGUCCCAAAAUUCCAUUCACAUUAGCAAGACUAAUCGAAACAUCAGCAUCAUGAAGUUCUUGAUCCUUUUCGUUGCACUCUUCGCCAUGGCCGCUGCCGUGCCUCAGAGGGGAGGAGGAUUCGGAGGUGGAUUUGGCGACCAACAGCAGCAACAGCAGCAGGGAGGAUACGGAGGUGGAUUCGGAGGUGGAUUUGGCGACCAACAGCAGCAACAGCAGCAGGGAGGAUUCGGAGGUGGAUUCGGAGGUGGAUUUGGCGACCAACAGCAGCAACAGCAGCAGGGAGGAGGAUUCGACUGGUAAAGACCAACUAAGAUCCCUAGCAACACAUUAACGCAAAUACAUCAAUAAAAACAUGACACUUUAAUAAUACAAAA